AUGGCGGGCACGCCGUCGCCGCUGCCGCGGUGGGCGCCGACGCCGAGCCCGUCGCGGCCGCUCUGGCGGCCCUGGGGCGGCGGCACGCCUGACGCUAACAACCAUCAUCAGCCCGGCGGCCGAGGCGGCGGCACGGGUAGCACCAGCUGGUGGUCGCUCGCGAGCGGCGUCUUCGCGUGGGGCGGCCGCGGGCGACACCGAGGCACGGCGUCGUCGAACGAAGCAGCAGCGGCCGGUGACGACAGAGCCUGCGGCGUCGUCCCCGGACGGUCGGGGUGCGAGCUGCAGGCGGUGGUGGUGCCAUCGUCGGCGGCGGACGCCGACGACCCCAGGGCGUUCCUGACGUGGGAGGACGUGGGCGUGACGGUGGCCGGCGGCGGCCCGCGCGGGGCGCCCGACGUGAGGAUCCUGGAUGGGAUCAGCGGGCACGCGCGCCCCGGGGAGGUGCUGGCCAUCAUGGGCCCCUCCGGCGGCGGCAAGACCACGCUGCUCGACACCCUCGCAGGAAGGUUAGGAUCAGACAUGAAUAAAACAGGGCUGAUUUUAAUCAAUGGCCGGCAGGAGAAGCUUGCCUAUGGAACCUCGGCAUACGUGACCCAAGACAACGUGCUGAUGUCGACGCUGUCCGUGCGCGAGGCCGUGUACUACUCGGCGCAGAUGCAGCUGCCGGACACGAUGCCGUUGCCGGAGAAGCGGUCGCACGCGGAGCGGGUGAUCCGGGAGAUGGGGCUCGCCGACGCCAUGGACACGCGCAUCGGCGGCCGGAUCACCAAGGGCAUCAGCGGCGGGCAGCGGAAGCGGCUCAGCAUCUGCAUCGAGAUACUCACGCGGCCGCGCCUGCUCUUCCUCGACGAGCCCACCAGCGGCAUCGACAGCGCCGCCUCCUACCACGUCAUGAGCCACAUCGCGCGCGUCGCCGCCCGCGACGGCAUGACGGUCGUCGCCGCCGUGCACCAGCCCAGCGGCGACGUCUUCGAGCUCUUCCACGGCCUCUGCCUGCUCGCCACCGGGAAGGCGAUCUUCUUUGGAACCAUCUCUGAUGCCACCGAGUUCUUCACUCUGAACGGCUUUCCAUGUCCACACCUGAGAAGCCCGUCAGAUCACUUCCUGAGAACAAUCAACAAAGACUUUGAUGAGGAAACCGUGGAGAGCUCUAAAACUAAAAGAAAAACAGCAGCUGAAGCAAUAGACAUUCUGGCGACUGCAUACAGAUCCUCCGAUUAUUUCGAAAAAACGACAGACCAAAUUGUUGAAAUGAAAAACAUGGAUGGAGCUUCAUUUAGGAGGAGAGAACAAGCAAGCUUCGCCACAAAGCUCCUUGUGCUCACAAGGAGAUCAUUCCUGAAUAUGCACAGGGACAUAGGAUAUUACUGGAUGCGUUUGGCCAUCUAUAUGGGCAUCGGCAUAUGUCUAGGCACUAUCUUCUACCAAGUUGGCUAUAGCUACAGUUCUAUCCAGAGCAUGAUGAUGGUUAUCGCCGCGAUUGUUCCGGACUUCCUUAUGGGAAUCAUCGUUGGAGCUGGAGUGCAGGGGGUGAUGAUGCUCAAUGGGGGCUUCUUCCGCCUUCCUAAUGAGCUCCCAAAGCCUGUAUGGAAGUACCCUUCCUACUACAUCUCCUUCCACAAGUAUGCAGUGCAAGGACUCUACAAGAACGAGUUCAUGGGACUGUCAUUCCCAAGUGAUCAGCUGGUUGAGUUUAAUGUCACCAUCAGUGGCAUUCAGGUCCUCAAGGAUAAAUUGCAGGUGGAAAUGGGUUACUCGAAAUGGGUAAACCUUGCCAUCCUUUGUGGAAUGAUGGUGAUCUAUAGGAUGAUGUUCUUCGCUAUAGUCAAGAUUACCGAGGAAAUUCGACAAAAAAUGGGAGGCAAACGAGGAUGUGUUAGAUAG